AAAUAUUAAAAAAAGUGUACACUCUAGAAUAGACCCUUUUUCACACCAUAGCUAAAAGUAGUGAAUUCAGACCCAUUCUCUCCCACUUCCCACUCUCCCUUUUCUCUCUCUACAAAGUGCUAAUACUACCACACCCAGAAGACCAGUUUCUUCCUUAGUCAUUAUUUCUUGAAAAAUACAGAAGAAAAUUGAUUUUGAUAAUGUAAGAUAAAAUAAAAAUCAAAUAAAAGGCUACAAAUUUGGCUCUAAAAAUUAAAUCAUUUUAGACACCCAAAAGUUCUACAUUCAAUGGCUUCAUCUAAACCUCUCUUCCUCUUUCUCAUCAACAUUUCCUUCCUUCUCAUCCUAUCUUCAGCUGAAGAUGCAACCUUUUCCUUCGACUUUGAGGUCUCUUACAUCACUGCAUCUCCUCUUGGAGUUCCUCAACAGGUUAUUGCUAUCAAUGACAAGUUUCCAGGUCCUACUAUCAAUGUAACAACAAACAACAAUGUUAUUGUUAAUGUCCGAAACAAAUUGGAUGAGAAUCUCCUCAUUCAUUGGUCUGGGAUUCAGCAAAGGAGGAGUUCAUGGCAAGAUGGUGUUCUUGGAACAAAUUGUCCUAUUCCUCCAAAAUGGAACUGGACUUACCAGUUUCAAGUGAAGGAUCAGAUUGGAAGCUUUUUCUACUUUCCUUCCCUUAAUUUUCAAAGAGCAGCUGGUGGAUUUGGCGGUUUCAUCAUCAACAACCGACCUGUCAUUUCUCUUCCUUUUGAUACUCCACAGGAUGACAUUGUUGUUUUUAUUGGAGAUUGGUACACGCGCAAUCACACGGCUUUGAGAAAGGCUCUAGAUGAUGGAAAAGAUCUUGGCAUGCCAGAUGGUGUUCUCAUCAAUGGGAAAGGACCUUAUAGAUAUAAUGAUACACUUGUUCCUGAUGACAUUGAUUUUGAACAAAUUGAUGUCCAACCUGGAAAAACUUACCGACUUCGUGUACAUAAUGUUGGAGUAUCGACAAGUCUGAAUUUCAGGAUUCAGAACCAUAACUUACUUCUAGCAGAGACUGAGGGGUCAUAUACAGUGCAACAGAACUACACUAGCUUAGAUAUUCAUGUUGGACAAUCUUAUUCUUUUCUUGUAACCAUGGAUCAGAAUGCAAGUUCAGAUUACUACAUUGUAGCAAGUGCCAGGAUGGUGAAUGAAUCGCGUUGGAAAAGAGUUACCGGUGUUGGUAUCUUGCACUAUACAAAUUCCAAGGGGAAAGCAAGAGGUCCAUUACCACCGGGUCCAGAUGAUCAAUUUGACAAAACUUACUCAAUGAACCAAGCAAGAUCCAUCAGAUGGAAUGUAUCCGCAAGUGGUGCUCGUCCAAACCCACAAGGGUCUUUCAGAUAUGGUUCAAUCAAUGUGACAGAGAUUUACGUAUUAAAAAAUAAGGCACCAGUGAAAAUUGACGGCAAGCGGCGAGCAACACUUAGUGGAAUCUCUUAUAAAAAUCCUGCCACUCCAAUCAGGCUUGCUGACCAAUUCAAAUUAAAGGGAGUGUACAAGCUCGAUUUUCCCUCGAAUCCUCUAACCGGACCUCCUCGGGUAGAGGCGUCGGUUAUCAAUGGAAGUUAUAGAGGAUUUAUGGAAAUCAUACUGCAGAACAAUGACACCAAGAUGCAUACCUAUCACUUGAAUGGAUAUGCAUUUUUUGUAGUAGGGAUGGACUUUGGUGAUUGGUCUGAGAAUAGCAGAGGUACAUAUAACAAGUGGGACGGAAUAGCUCGUACUACAGCACAGGUUUAUCCUGGAGCAUGGACGGCGAUUUUGGUCUCCCUCGACAAUGUUGGAGUUUGGAAUCUAAGAACAGAAAAUCUCGACUCAUGGUAUCUUGGUCAAGAAACAUACAUCAGGGUUGUCAACCCAGAGCCUAGUAACAAGACCGAGUUUCCAAUUCCCGACAACGCCCUUUUCUGCGGCGCCCUUCAACACUUGCAACAGCCUCAAACAAUUUCUUCAGCUGCUUCAAUCAAUGGAUAUGGACUGAAGUUAUUAUUCACUUGGGUGAUGUUUGUAUGCACCAUAUUCCACAUUUUUCAGUAGAAGCACGUUCUGGAUCAUCAUCAUCUCUUAAUUAGUUGCUUGCAAAAAGGGUUUGGCUUGUUGGUGAGGUGUUUGUGGUUGAAUUCUUAUUUCUUAAUUUUGUUUAUAUCUUUCAGUCAUUUUGACACGUAUUCUUCCUAUUUUAGCUUAAUGUAUUUAUGUGGUUCCAAGUUUAAUUGAUUGGGACACUUGUAAUUCUUUUAAUGCCUAUAAUUGUUGUAGUUAUGAUCAAUCACAUUCUUGAUACCUGAAACUCGCCAACACGGUUUCCACACUGCGAUGCUUCGUACUUUAUAUGUGUAAUUUAAUUUGUAGCAUAUGAUAGGUUAAAGAUGUGUUAGAUCUAGCCAAACAAGUGACAGGGUUUUUCAUUAUU